AGUUCGUCUCUGCAAGCGUGGUCGCCCUGGGAUGGAUUCCUCCUCCCCUUCCUCCGCGGCGGGUUUGGGUGCAGUGGACCCGCAGUUGCAGCAUUUCAUCGAGGCAGAGACUCAAAAGCAGCGCUCCCAGCAGCUGGUGCACCAGAUGACUGAACGCUGUUGGCAGAAGUGCGUGGACAAGCCUGGGCCACCGUUGGACAGUCGGGCUGAGGCCUGUUUUGUGAACUGCGUUGAGCGCUUCAUUGUUACAAGCCAGUUCAUCUUGAAUCGACUGGAACAGACGCAGAAAUCCAAGCCAGCCUUCUCAGAAAGCCUUCUGACUGAUCUCAGCAUUACCUCUUUGGAAAAGGAAAGUCGUUUAAGGAGUGAAGAGCUGUUGAUGGGAUGA